AAGAUCAUUUAAAUACCGUGUGCGCAUCCGCAUUUCAUGUAAAAGAGUAGUUAGCGUGAAUAAAGUGAGUAAGAUUAGUAAAGUGCCCAAAUUAACGUGUGUUGCAGAUGUGAUGCGUCGAUUAAUCUCUGAAUAAAUUGAAUGAGAAUGACUGGUCAAACAACUCACUGGUAUCCAGAGAGACUCCUGAUUCCCUCUUUAUUGGAACCCCACUCUCUGAUUGUCCUGAACAACCCCCUGUCCAAAUUGGACCCUCUGUUUUCCCAGUUGUGGAAGAAGUCCACCUUGAAGGUGGCGGCUGAUGGCGGUGCGAAUGUGCUUUAUGACAUGUGUCUGCUGCCCGACUUCGUUGUAGGGGAUCUUGAUUCAAUCAAAUCAAUUGUCCGAGAUCAUUUUACGAAGGAAUCAGUUGUAAUUUCCCAAAUCAAAGAGCAAAAUUCGACUGAUUUCGAAAAAUGUCUAAGAACAAUCUUAGAAGAAAGCAAAUGCGACAGGAAUCCAAGCGAUUUUCCAAAAGCUGAUAAUCACGGAAUCAUUGCACUUUGCGCCUUGCAAGGAAGAAUUGACCAUGUUUUGAGCCAGUUAAACACACUUUAUAAACAUUCCUGCAAAACAUUCGAAGUUGGCCAAAGACAUUUGCCCAAAAAAGAACUAUUUUUGAUAUCGGAACAAUCUGUUGCUUGGGUUCUGCAGCCCGGAGCACAUACGAUACAUGUGAAUACUUGUCCGUCUCAAACAUGUGGUCAUGUGCCUUUGUUCACAUCUGUGCGGAAAAUUACUACAAGAGGGCUGAAGUAUGACGUCACAGACAUGCAUAUGCAGAUGGGCGGACUGAUCAGCACUUCGAAUUCCUACAUGGCAAAUAAAGUUCAUAUAGACAAUUCAGAUCCAGUGCUGUGGAUGAUGAACUUUGACAUUGAAGAUCCAGUCUAUUGGACUAGCUGAACCUUAAUAAUUCGCUUUGAUAUUUUGA